CAAAAGGUAAUCCUAUCUAGGUGCUUCCCACUAAUCCUAUCUUAGGUAUGUACAACUAUCUGGUAAACAUUGACUUGUUUUUAUGACGUCGACUCCUUUUUAACUUUGACUAGGAUAAAAAUUCACUCACGUGACCAAAACUUACAUGUGCCAUCAAUUAAUACACAGUUACCAAUGGCGACCAGUGCAAACUCAGUGAAUCAUCAAGAUGUAAUAGUUGCGGAAAUAAUGGAGGGACUGUCAAGCACUCUGCUUGGGGAAAGAAGGAGUACGAGUGUGGGAAGACCGAGGUGUGAGUUGGAUGUCGAAGACAUUGAGUUUUUACGAACACUGAUGUUUUCGUACACAAAAAUAGCAGACAUCCUUGGAGUCAGUCGAUCAACACUGUAUCAGAAGAUGGAAGAAGGUGUGUCCUUUGAUCGGUAUUCCCCUGUUUCCGAUCAGGUGUUGGACAAUAUUGUUGCUGAGAUCAAACAAUCCCAUCCAAAUGAUGGUGAAGUGUUGUUAACGGGACACCUACGAAGACAGAGCAUAUUUCUCCCUCGUACUCGAAUUAGGGCAUCAAUUCACAGGAUUGAUCCCGUGGGUACUGCUGCUCGCAGAAGCAUCUAUCAUGCGGAUGGGCUAAAUUAUGUGUGGCAUUUAGAUGGCCACCACAAGCUCAUCAAAUACCGUCUAGUUACACAUGCUGCAAUUGAUGGAUAUUCUCGUUUGAUAAUUUUUUUAAAGUGUAGCAACAAUAACCGUGCUGUUACUGUGCUCUCAUGUUUCUCAGGAGCUGUUCAAGAACAUGGAUUGCCAACUCAUAUUCGGUCAGACUUAGAAGGAGAAAAUAUAGAUGUCUGGAGAUGUAUGAUGGAACAGCACUCAAAUACAAGCUGCGUGAUAACUGGGUCAUCUACUCAUAAUGAAAGAGUUGAACGCCUGUGGCGUGAUGUGUACCGUUGCGUUGUGGUACUGUUUCAUGAUACUUUCAAACUACUUGAAGCAGAUGGGAAGUUAGAUCCUUUAAAUGAAGUUGAUGUAUACUGUCUACACUACGUGUACAUCCCUAGGAUUCAACAGACACUGGAUUCUUUCGUUGAAUCGUGGAACAAUUAUGCCAUAUCAACUGAGAACAAUUUCACCCCUAACCAGUUAUAUAUGAUAUGCUACCCUACUAUCCUUCAACAUCACAGCUGGCUAACCAUUCAAACCCUUUUCUACAUCCUUCGAGAGAUCGAGUUCCUGUCCCCCGAAUUAAUUUUUCUCCUUGCCUACAACUAACAGCAUCAAUAGGACAUAUUGACCCUUUACAAAAUACACAUGACUUCGGAGAAUGUUUAUAUUUAGAAACUGUAUCACUAGUGGGUACACACCUUA